GUCUGGUUUAAAAACCGCCGGGCCAAGUGCCGGCAGCAGCAGCAGCAGCAGCAGAACGGGGGCCAGAACAAGGUACGGCCUGCUAAAAAGAAGAAUUCUCCAGCCCGGGAAGUGAGUUCGGAGAGCGGGACCAGCGGGCAGUUCACCCCCCCCUCCAGCACCUCUGUCCCCACCAUCUCCAGCAGCAGCGCCCCCGUAUCCAUCUGGAGCCCGGCGUCCAUCUCCCCUCUCUCAGACCCCCUGUCCACCUCUUCCUCCUGCAUGCAGAGAUCCUAUCCUAUGACCUACACCCAGGCAUCUGGCUACAGCCAAGGAUACGCUGGCUCGACCUCCUAUUUCGGAGGGAUGGACUGUGGAUCUUACUUGACCCCUAUGCACCACCAGCUUCCCGGCCCGGGGACCACCCUGAGUCCCAUGGGUGCUAACGCCGUCACCAGCCACCUCAACCAGUCUCCAGCCUCCCUCUCCACCCAGGGCUAUGGAGCCUCCAGUUUGGGCUUUAACUCCACCACCGAUUGCUUGGAUUAUAAAGACCAAACCGCCUCCUGGAAGUUAAACUUCAAUGCUGACUGCUUGGAUUAUAAGGACCAGACAUCGUCAUGGAAGUUCCAGGUUUUGUGAAGAACCUUUGUGAUCAUGAGAGAAACCGCGCCGAGAACGAACUGGGCUGAGAACGCUCCGCUUUUAGUCAGGUCUUGGUUAAAUUAAAGAGAAAAAAUAACUCCAUGGACAAAAAAAUGAACAACAAAAAUAAAAAAUUACAGACAGCAACAAGAGGGGGGAGAGUGUUGGUGUGAUCCCGUUCGGACUCAUCUCCUUCUCAGACACUCUGGAAAAGGAAUAAUCAAGAGGAAAAACGGAGGAGGAAGGCCUUAAAACGGACAGAUCAUCUAGUGAGCAGAAAACAAGACAGACCCAUCUGUGUUCUUUCUAGUUUUAGGCAAUUGUUGGGUUUCUUUGUUUGGAAGAGGUGGGAGAGCGUCCCACCUACAGGCCAGUUUU